AUGUAUCGCCAGAUCGAGGUGCUGCCUCAAUAUCGGGGUUACCAAUACAUCCUGUGGAGGAAUACGUCACAAGCAUCGUUAAAAGAAUAUACACUUAACACAGUCACGUAUGGAGUAAACAGUGCGCCCUAUUUAGCGUUACGGGUCCUCCGCUACAUCGCCGAAACGGAAUGUGAAAAUUUUCCUGAUGUGAAGGGAGCUCUGCACCAUCAAACUUAUAUGGAUGAUAUAUGUGUGGGUAGGGAGUCGUUGGAAGCCGCUAAAACGCUUCAAUCGAACCUAAUCAACACUCUCGCCAGAUCCGGUUUGGAGUUGAAGAAAUGA